AUGUCUGACGGAAAAGUGUAUGUGGGCGGACUUCCGCACGAUGCAACUUCUCAAGAGAUUGAGGACGCUUUCUAUCGCUAUGGCCGCAUCAGAAAAGUUUGGGUGGCGCGUCGCCCGCCGGGUUUCGCUUUUGUUGAGUUCGAGGAUCUUCGUGAUGCCGAGGACGCGGUUAGGGCAAUGGAUGGAGCUCGAAUCUGCGGUGUGCGUGCCCGUGUCGAGCUCUCACAUGGUCGUGGACGUCCCGGCGGCGGUGGUGGUGGUGGUGGUGGUGGUGGAGGUGGACGACGAGAUGGAGGACGAGAUGGAGGACGAGAUCAUGGAUCGUCUCGUCGCAGAUCUCGUACUCGCUCUCGUUCUCCACGUCGAUCACGCAGUCGUUCACGCACUCGUAGCCGCUCUCCACCACCAAAGAAAGGAGGAUCGCCACCGGAGCGUCGCAGCAACUCUCGCUCUCGUUCUCGCUCACAUAGC